ACAAGAUUCGCUGGACUGGCCAAAAUUCAAAAGGAAGCUGCUAGAAAAGUACUAGCUGAGCGAUCAAAUGUUGAACUUGACCGAUUUGAGGAAGGUUAGUCGGAAAAGCUUUGGUACAACAAAGCAGUUCCUUACUGAAUUCGAGCAGGUGACAAAAUUAGUUCCUGACCUUCCAAAUAAAGAUCGUUGCUUCAUCUUCCUGGAUAAUUUCACGGAGGUGGAACAGCUAAAGUUGGUGAAAGGCAUGAAAGAAAGGUAUGAUUGGCCAAAAAUUCGAGAGAAUUUAUUGGCCGGGGACUUCGACCAGAUCCUCUAUCGGCUGCUGAAACAGCAAGAGGAGAAUCGGGAGAGGUUACAGCUGGGGACGGACAAGGACAAGCAGUUCUAUAAGACUUUAUCUGACAUGAGGGAAAUGAUGAGCAGUAUGAAGGAGGAACGGUUAAAACUUCAAGUGAUGAUGGUCAAGGCAAAAACUUGGAAGAGAAAAGGAAAGGAGCCUGUCACUGAAGAGAGUAGCAGUGCGAGUGAGAGCGAGAGCGAGGAGGAAAGGGAACCCCCUCUUCCUCUCGAUGGAUUCCAGGAAGGAGAAGAGUUACAUUUGAGUAUUAACUCAUACAAUUAUUUGGCGGAUGCAAUGACCCGGCAUGGGAAAACCAUCUGGAAUGCUCCUUGUUUCCAUCAUGUGCGAUCAGAGCUUGUGAUUGGGGAGUCGUUCAUUGAGGAAGACCCAUGGGGUGAAAGAACAUCAGAGCAAAUGAUGAACUUGGCUUUGUCUGAUGAAGUCGAGCUCAUCAAAGAGCCACUGGCGAUUGAAUAUGGGCAUGAGCAGACAGAUAAAACUUUCAGGAUCACUGGAGAGAUAUCAUUCCUUGUGAAUUCUCUAAUUGACGAGGACCACCUGAAAAUGAUGAAUGAAGAAGCAGAAGGCAGUGAAAUCAGAGAAGCUUUCAGAGAAGGAGAGUAUGAUGGGGAGUACAGAUUGAUGAGAAUGUGGUUGAAUGGUGAGUUGAGGGAUGAUGAGGUGGAUCCAGCUGUUCGUCAGAAAAGCGAUCUAAUCUGCGUUUUGUUGAACCUCUUAAUCCACAAUAUGUCGUUGAGCCAGGAGCAGUAGUACACCUUGAUCUGUUGGUCAUUCCACCUGGGAUAAAUAGGUACAGAUAUA